CCUAAGGCAUAAAGAUUCCGACAUUGUCACUUUACAGUGAUCAACUCCAUUUUUGUGCUUCCGCAUUCUACAAGGACUCUGCAACGUCAAGACUUAUUUAUCAUCGAUAAGUCUAGCAAGAUGCUAUUCUUCAGGUGUGUGCGAUUCCAUAACAAGUUAUCCGGCCACAGCAGCUAACGAAUAUCCUCUACAAAUAGCUUCUUCAAGACCUUGGUGGAUUCUGAAGUUACGGUCGAGCUUAAGAACGAUAUUCAAAUCAAAGGCAUACUAAAAUCGGUCGAUCAAUACCUGAAUAUCAAGCUGGAUGACAUACAAGUAGUGGAGGAGCUGAAAUAUCCACAUCUGGUCAGUAGUUCAGAUUGUGCGGAAGCAAUGCACUGGAAUGCGAUGGACUAGAUAUUUCGAAUAUUUGUGGUACUGAUAAUGCGCGCAUAGUCAUCGGUCAAGAAUGUUUUCAUAAGAGGAAGUGUCGUUAGAUACGUACAUCUUCCUGGUGGCGCGGUUGAUACAACACUUUUGGAAGAUGGUGGGUCCUUCACAAAGUGGCAGCACACUGCAUACAUAGGCUAAUUAUCAUUAUAGCUACAAGGAGAGAGGCUGCACAGCAGGCGUCGAAAGGAAAAUGAAGGCAUAAACUCAAACCUGAAGAUAGUAAUUAGGAUGAUACACUCCUUCACGAAGGAUAUACUUUAUGGAUAACAGUGGAGGGAAUGGGCAUGAAGAACAGCAGAGGGCACCGCAAUAGUCCACCGACACUUAAGUUAUGGAGGCUUUAUGGGAAGCCAAUACGGGAAACAAAUUUGGCAAUUCGUGGCCAUGAAUUGCCAUAAAGUGUAUGAAAAAAAAAUCCAAAAUCCAAAAUCUGCCCCAAAUGUUCG